CAAAUCAGUCCUUCACGCCAAUACCAGUGCACCAGCUGCUUGCGUUUGCUCCCCCAAAGAAGACGCUCAAACAAUGGCGAAAGAUCCAGCGAGGCUUUCUUGUGGGCUGGCGGGCCGUGGCCAUUGCCAUGUCAACUGGGAGCCGUGUGUGCCGACCUGUCGCGUAUGGUGGGCUGGAGUCGAGGACCUGGAGCGCGCUGGUCUCGCGCUACGGUUGCGAUGCUGUGGUUCGCCCGCGUCGAUCCGGACCGUGCUUGGCAAGGUCUCGAUCUGCAGUUCUCACACGAGGAGUGCGCGCUCUUCUUCGCCUCCACUACCAUGAUCAUUGGAAAUGGCUCGACGGCGCUUUUUUGGGAAGAUCGCUGGAUUGGCGGGCAGUCGGUAGGUGAGAUAGCUCCCCUACUCUACCAAUGCAUUCCCAAACGUCGACGCAAGGCCAGGACGGUGGCAGAAGGGCUGGCAGGUAACUCUUGGGCACAUGAUAUACAAGGGGUCCUGGGUCUGCACGAGAUCGGACAAUACCUGCUGCUAUGGCAGGCUGUGUGCCACACCAUCCUGACGAACGAGCCGGAUCGCCUGCUCUGGAGGUGGACCACCAAUGGCAUCUACUCGGCGCGCUCGUGUUAUGCGGCCAGUUUUCAGGGAUCCACACGGAGCCAUUCUUGGAAGCUGGUAUGGAAGAGCUGGGCGCCUCCACGGGUAAAAUUUUUCCAUUGGCUCGCCGCCCAGGAUCGCUGCUGGACCGCUGAAAGGCUUGCGCGAUGUGGCUUGCAGCAUCACCCUCGAUGCCUCCUCUGCGACCAGGCCUUGGAAACUAUCCAGCACCUGCUGCUGACAUGCCCCUUUGCACGUCAGACCUGGCACCUGGUUCUUGAUUGGUUGCAUAUCCCGGUCCAAAUCCCCGAACAGGAGCACACGGUCACGGAGUGGUGGCUGAGCGCGAAAGAGCUCGCGCCGCCGGCGCAUCGGAAGGCCCUCAAAUCCAUCGCGCUGCUUGUGCCCUGGAUGCUAUGGAAACACAGGAACGCGUGUGUCUUCGACAACGCCACGCCAUCCAUCGAAUCCCUAGUGGAUAGGAUCAAGGACGAGGCCCGGUGUUGGGCUAAAGCAGGAGCCCAGGGACUUCGGGUUGUUCUGCCCACAACCUGGGAUGUCCACUGAUUUUGUGCUUUUCUUUGUACUGCUCACCUCCUAGGAGGAUUGUUCUACCUUUUCCAUGAAAUGAAAUGCAAAGGUCCUUUGCGUUUUCUC